AUGGUGAAACCUCCUAAUUCUUAUGGUUCAUUUUAUUUUCACUCUUCAAAGAGAAAGAACGAGAAAGUGCCGAAGGAGAGACACAUUCCCUUCAACAAGAAGAACAACAAGAAAGACAUUCCCAUCAAGAAGAAGAAGAAGAUCAGAGAUCUUAAGAGUCUUGUUGAAGUAUUGAUAUCUCGAAAACCGAAUACUAGCCUUAGUACAAUUGUCAAGAAACGAUCGUUGUCUUACUGUGGUGCAUUUGUUCGCUGCAUUACCGCUGUCGAGAGUAAGCAUAUUGAAGUAGAGUGUAUCCAGAGAUGUCGAAGGUUAAGCCAUGGAUGGCAGGCAUACAUCGCCAGUACGAAUAGCUUAAGGAAAGUUCAAACUGAUAAGAGAAGAACCCUUUAUCAGGUUGAGGUUAAUGGGCACACGAUAAGCUAUUCAACUCCUUGUGCAUUACAGCAAGUCUCUACUGAUGACUUUAAAGUCAUAUUGAUCUUUUUGGAAUUCUACGAGGUACUCCUUGGAUCUGUCCUUAAGAGGUUGUACGGCUUAAUAUCCGUGCGAUAUCCACUCGAUUGUGAUUCUCAUUUGGAAGUAUUAGAGACAGACCACGCAGUGUCCAUCUACGUUGCUGGGCAGGCAUGGAUGCUGACUGAUGAGUCUGAUCUUAGGCUAGCUCAACUGCAGCAUGCGCUGACAGAAUUUGUCAGGGAAUCUGCAAAUGGCAGUAUUGGGGAAAAUAAGGAUGAUGAGUCUGAUGACAAAACAAAGGACUGGAAAAUCUUUAAAUAUUUGAAGAUCUUCUUAAACCCGGAGGUACCAAAGGAGUCCUUGCUUUUUGUGAUUUCAGCUUUUGGUGGUGCAGUUUCUUGGGAGGGAGGUCCAUUUACUGAUGCUGAAUCCGAUAUUACACAUCAGAUCUGUGAGCGGCCAACAAAGACUUCGGCCUCCAGAGUGUGUGUUCACACACGAUGGUUUUAUGAUUGUGUAAGCCGACUAGGGGUUUUACGGGCACAUGAUUACUUGGUGGGCCGGGAGCCUUCCUCAUAUACUGCUUUUGAGGAGUUAAAAGGCGACGUUCCUGGGAAUAGAUAUUCUUAUGUAUUUACCUACAGCCAGACAGUUGUGAUCCUUGGUUAUCCAACGAGGAAUUUUCACUUUUACAGAAGUAGAUAUUAUGUGUAUAUACUAUGAGCAGUUACAUAGUUGUGACGAUCUUUUGAAGACUGGGAUCUUUGAAUGAUAAACUGCAUUUGAAA